AUGGAUAACAAAAGAUCAAAUAAUAACAAUAAUGGUGGUGAAAAGUUUUUUACAGAACAACAACUAGCUAACAAUACUCAAGGUUAUUUAUAUUUUUAUUGGUUAAUGGUAUUAAAAAUGAGAAGUGAAGCAGUGUACGAACCAGCCACGUCAAUUCGGAAAGGGCAUAUUCAUAAUAACCGUGCUUUAGAUCAUGUCUCCUUAGAGGAUGAGGCGAUGUUACGUUGGAAUGCACCACCAUUACAUUUAGUUCAUCCAUUUAUCAAACAAUCGAUAAAUAAUUACUUUAGUUAA